AUGGAAAGUACUACUAGUGACACAUGCUCUGUUCCAUUUUCUCAUAACUCUUCAACUUCUUCGUCUAAUUCACCUCCACAAGCUGUUGUUGUUAUGAGCCCUUGUGCUGCUUGCAAGAUUUUGAGGAGAAGAUGUUCUCCUGAUAAAUGUGUUUUGGCUCCUUAUUUUCCUCCUACUGAUCCUGCCAAGUUUACCAUUGCUCAUAGAGUCUUUGGUGCUAGCAACAUCAUCAAAUUCCUACAGGAACUACCUGAGGCACAAAGAUCUGAUGCAGUUACAAGCAUGGUUUAUGAGGCUAGUGCAAGAAUUAGAGAUCCUGUUUAUGGUUGUGCUGGAGCAAUUUGCCAACUCCAAAAGCAAGUGAAUGAGCUUCAAGCACAAUUGGCCAAAUCACAAGCAGAGGUUGUAAACAUGCAGCUCCAACAAGCUAAUCUUGUGGCUUUAUUUUGCAUGUCACAAAGUGAACAAGAAUCACCACAACAAUCUAUGGAUGAUUUCAUUCAAAGUCCUUCCCAUAGUAAUGGCUAUCAAAUUGGUUUGAACUUUCUUGAGGAGAACAAUAGUCUAAAUUCAAUGUGGGAGCCACUUUGGACAUGAAGGAAUAGACAGCAGCAUUACAAAUUGAAAUUCAAAAGAAGAGUUUUUAUUAUGAUCCACGCACUCAACAAUAUCGAUAGUUGUUUAAUCAAGAUCAAACAUUUUGAUUGCGAUUGAAUGAGUAUCGAUAUAGUUAACUCGCACAUUUAAGCAUAAUCCAAAUCUUAAGAUUAUCUCCUAAGGAGAAAUGGAAGAAGUGAAACAAUUAUAACUAAUAAAAGUAAUUAGAGAGAAGAUCAAUUUCUUGUAGGUUUAGUUCCAUGUAUGAGGAAAAUCUGGAUGUACUAAUAAAUGUUGAAUUGGCCACAUUAAUUAGAGAUGAAAAAAUAUAUGAAAUGAUCUUCUAA